AUGCACAUCCUACAGCAGUACAACACCAGCAGAGCAGAAGAGCUGAAGGUGAAAAUAGAAAAGAAACAGCAGAACAUUGAAAGACUAGAGAAGAUAAAGAACACUCUGAACUACAGAGUGCGCCAGCUGAAGGAGGAAAUAGCUAUCAUACAAGAGCCGUCCUGCAUUGUUGGCGAAGUAUCAAAGAAAAUGGGGAAGAACAUAGUCCUCGCUAAAACAACCGCAGAAGGGAAACACUUGGUACAGGUUGAGCCGCAGGUGGAGUAUGAUGCACUUAAGCCGGGAAUGCGUGUGGCUCUGAGAAGUGACACGUAUGCGCUAUACAAGAUACUUCCAUCCAAGGUAGACCCCAUUGUCUCUCUGAUGAUGGUAGAGAAGUCUCCAGACUCAACGUACGAUAUGAUAGGAGGACUGAACGAACAGAUAAAAGAAGUCAAAGAAGUGAUUGAGCUGCCGAUCAAGCACCCAGAGCUAUUCGAGUCUCUGGGAAUAGCACAGCCAAAGGGCGUCCUUCUGUACGGUCCCCCAGGAACAGGAAAGACUCUGCUCGCUCGAGCAGUGGCGCAUCACACGCAGUGCAGAUUCAUCAGAGUGUCAGGAUCAGAGCUAGUGCAGAAGUACAUAGGAGAAGGAUCGAGGCUAGUCAGAGAGCUAUUUGUGAUGGCCAGAGAGCAUGCGCCUUCGAUUAUUUUUAUGGAUGAAAUAGAUUCAAUCGGCUCAGUGAGAGGAGAGGGAUCAAAGGGAGACAGCGAAGUGCAGAGAACCAUGCUGGAGUUACUGAAUCAGCUCGAUGGAUUUGAAGCUCACCAGAACAUAAAAGUGAUCAUGGCCACGAACAGAAUAGAUAUACUCGACUCUGCUCUGCUCAGACCGGGGAGAAUAGAUAGGAAGAUAGAGUUUCCAGCGCCAAAGGAAGAGGCUCGGCUGGAGAUCCUGAAGAUCCACUCGCGCAAGAUGAACUUAACGAAGAACAUAGAUCUCUCUAAAAUUUCUGAGAAGUUAAUAGGAGCCAGCGGAGCAGAGGUAAAAGGAGUCUGCACGGAGGCAGGCAUGUUCGCUCUCAGAGAAAGAAGAACCCAUGUAACUAAAGAUGACUUUGAAAUGGCAGUGGCAAAAGUAAUGAAGAAAACUUCCGAUCCCAACUUAGAUCUGAGAAAGCUGCUGAAGUAA